GGGGACUACACAUCUGUGUGUAUGUAUGUGUUUGAAUACAUAUGUAAAUACUUUCGCUGUGGAUCACCACCGCUCAGCGCAAAGAUCAACUGCUUGCGACAAGAGCAGCAUAUAGGUUUGGUGUAAAAAUAAUAAAUGCUUGUUGGGGUGGACAUGGGUGUGCAGUUGCGAAGGUGUAGGGGCGCUGCGUCGCGUAGAAAAAACGUCGCCUUUUCCAACAAGAAUUUGAAAAUAAUUUCAGUAGUCAGUCGACUUUGGCAUUGUUUAGUGUUUGCACAGCAAUUAAGUUAAUUAACUCAUUUGUGUUUUUUGCUAAUUGAAUUAGGACGAGAAAAAAGCAAAUUAACUGCAGAAAGACCAAAAUCAAAUUAAAGACACUGAGGAACUUGAAGAGCAAAAAAUAAACACUACAAUAAAUAAAAAUAAAUAAAAAUACAAAAACGGCAAUCAAGUGCGCAGAAAAGUGUUUUAAACUUACAUUUAUAUAUAUAUAUAUACAAAAAAAUGUAUAAACCUAUUGGGAGCCUUGCUGUGAAAAGUAAAAUCACAAAAGUGGGAAAUCAAAAGUGAUUGUGCAAGCAAUUACGACACUUCAACAGAAAGUAGUGAGCAACUGAUUGCGCAAACCAAAAAAAUCGCUGUUAAAUUACGCAAUUUCGUUAAUGCCUGUAAGUGUUGACCAAAGUGGAGCGAAAAUAAAAUAAUACUCAAAAAAAAAAACAACAACAAAAAUUGAAAAUAAUAUAAAAAGUACGUCAAAUGCAAAAUAAAAUACUCAAAAUUAAUAGUGACAGCUAGUCAGCGUGGCGCACUGUGACGCCAGCAAAGUGUUAGCAUUCCCGCACCAGCGCUCUCCGCGAGCUAGUUCACACCAUGGCGUUGUGCUGUCGCCGCCAAUAGAGAUCGACAAAUGUCCGUGCGACAAUUUCGUUAAUUAAUUGACUUGUAAUUGAAUUAAUGUACAAAUAAACACACGUACGCCAAUACACUUGCAUACAUAGCUGCACAACGCUCCUGCGCAUACUUCUGCUUGUUUAUAUGACGCUGCAAGUUUGUAGUAGUCCAGUCAGCAAAAUUCGACACUGAUUUGCGCUAAUUUAAUGAGUUUCACUUGUUAACCGCCGCACGCGUCUCCGCAUACAACAGCUGCACCUUCUACUCCUUUAUCUACUUGCGUUACGCUUGUGUGUGCGUGUGUAUGGCAAUCAUGCUUAACUAUCACGAACCACAGCAUCUACAACAACCACAGACGAUGUCACAAUUGAGUGGCUCAAUUGCUAACGCCGACAAUUUCUAUUACCCACAAACGGUGAACGUGCCAGCGCUGACAUUACAUAACGCUAAUAAUGGUGGCGGUCCUGCUGUGACAGCUGCGUCGGCAUUGUUGGCGUCGUCGUCGUCGAUGGCGUCGACGUCAGCAUCGUCGUUGGAUCAUCUGCACAGUCUAACGCAGCAUAAUGCAUUUGCGGCACAUAAUUGCAAUAAUAGCAGCAACAACACCAGCAACAACAACAGCACCAACAACUGCAAUGCCAAUACCAUUAAUAUGAGCUCCGCCGCCGGUGAUGGCACAGCUUAUCGACAACAACAACAACACAGCCAUCACCACACACAACAGCCGCUAACGGAUCGAAUUGCCGUUAGCGGCAAUGGUAAUACAGUUGGCUGCCGCAAUUCCUGCUCACCCGAUGAACUUACAAAAAUCGAAGAUAACUAUCCCUUGCACGUUGUUGGCAGUAAACAUUCGGAGAAUGUGAAACGUUUCUCCGUGAACAAUUUGUUGGAAUUGGCUAAUGAUUGCCGCAUUUCAGGUAAAUUGCACCAUCAGCAUCAACAGCAGCAGCAGCAGCAACAGGAGAAUUUGGAUGCUACGCAAAUAAAUGAUUUAGAUGAGAGUUUCCGUAGCAGCAAUGACGAUUACCCCGACGCAUCCAAUUUAAUGGAGCUAACGCACACAGCCCCAGUACAGCGUCAACACUCACAGCAACACCUGGCGAACACACACUCCUCGCACAUGUUGCAGCAUCAUAGCGAACAACAACAAAUGCAUACACAACAUUCACGGCACGUUGCACCGCCGCCACCAAUAACAUCGGUCCAACAGCAACAACAUUCACGUAAACCACGUCGCAAUCGCACUACCUUCACCUCUGGCCAAUUGACAGCAUUGGAAAAGGUCUUCGAACGUACUCACUAUCCGGAUGCAUUUGUACGCGAAGAGCUGGCCACCAAAGUGGGACUAAGCGAGGCCCGUGUACAGGUAUGGUUUCAAAAUAGACGCGCCAAAUUUCGCCGCAAUGAACGGAGCUCUACGUGUGGCCGCUCCAUAUUGGCGAGUACGCCACAACCGGUGCCGCCCAUCACCGUUACGCACAAAUUCGAUAAAGCCAUCGCUGGUAGUGGUAGCGCUGGUGGAUUUUUUCAUCAGCAAAUGGAUCAUGCGGCCGCAGCGGCAGCCGCUUACACUUUGAGCUUUCCAACACUUGGCAUGUAUUCUUCGGCGGCGGUGGCUGCGGCUGCUGCAAAAAAUUAUGCAAAUUCCUAUAAUGCAUUUGGCAGUGGUCCAGCGGUUGGUGCUAGCGUGGAUGGUCUCACCGGUGCCGGGGGUGCUGGAGGUGGUGGCUGUGGCUUCUUUGGUUCUUCGAAUUAUUGUGCGCCUGCUACUGGUUAUCAACACAGCUAUGCAACGUUGCGGUAUAAGGGAGCUCAAGGAUUUUAGCGCUAUGAAAUGAAAUGUUGAGAGAAGCCGCAGAUAAGUGAAUAAAAAGUACAACUUAGUUAAAUUUUCAUUAAUAUACUUAAGGAGAUUCGUUCAAUAAAAUAUUUAUUUAAUAUUAUCUAUUACGUGCACUGUAAGCAAAACG